AUGAAAAUCUUCUGUUUAUUAAUAUCUAUAUUCUUUGUGAAAGUGUUGGCAGUUUAUGAUAGUUAUAUGGGUUUUCUUCACCUUACAACUAUUGGCAUCAAACUUGCUUACGAAAAGAAUGAUUUAACUGUAGGAAGUAGAUCUAGAUUAAAUGGAUUGGAGUAUCUAAUUGAGACAAUGGUUGAUAAUGUCAAAAAUGACCCGACCUACCAAGAUUUCCGCCAUAUUAAUUUUUUGAUGGCUGUACCGGACCAUAGCGAAAUUCUCUCGAGAAUAUCAGAACUUCCAGGUCAAUCAAAGAAAAGUGUACGAGUUGUAGAUGAUAUAGCAUCUUUAUCAUCGAAUUGUCGUUUGCUAGGAGUAUACUUUAGUACCCAAUCUCCAAAACUAUACAUAAAAGACGUUAUGAUUGAGUCAACUAGCGGUACAUGUAUCUUGAAGGAUAAAAAUAAUACUUUAAGGAAAUACAGGAAAAUGGAUGGCACAUGGUCACAAAUAGGCUUAAAUAACCAAGCAGGAGAAUCACUCGAGACACAGCUACAACGUGGACGUCCAUAA